GAAAACAUACAACAAAAAGAGGAAGCAAUAAAUUCAUUUAAACAAAAACUUAUAGAACAUAAAGAAUGGGAUUCAAAGCUGAAAAAAUUACGCAAAACAAUCGGAGAACAAAAAAAAACUUAUGCAAAAACAGAAGAAGACAUUAAAGCAUUACAGUCAGUUGGCCAAAUAAUCGGAGAAGUUCUAAAACAGUUAGAUGAAGGAAAAUAGCGGAAACAUUUUAUAUAUGUAAUUAAUAUAAAUAGAACGUUUUAUUGUAAAAGCAUCUAGCGGACCACGAUAUGUUGUCAGUUGCAGGACAAGUGUCUGUAAAGAUAAAUUGAAGCAAGGGGUCCGGGUUUCUCUUGAUAUGACUACUCUUACUAUUAUGCGCAUAUUACCACGUGAAGUAGAUCCUCUUGUUUAUAAUAUGUCUCUCGAGGAUCCUGGAAAAAUGAAUUUUACUAAUAUUGGUGGGCUUGAUGAACAAAUUCGAAAACUAAGAGAGGUUAUCGAAUUACCACUCAAAAACCCGGAACUUUUUCGCCGAGUAGGUAUUAAACCACCUAAAGGUGUUUUAUUAUACGGUCCUCCAGGAACAGGGAAGACGCUGCUUGCUAGAGCUGUAGCAUCAUCAUUAGAAACAAAUUUUUUAAAGGUUGUCUCAUCAGCUAUUGUUGAUAAAUAUAUAGGCGAAUCCUCCCGUUUAAUUAGAGAAAUGUUUGGUUAUGCAAAAGAACAUGAACCAUGUAUAAUUUUUAUGGAUGAAAUUGAUGCCAUUGGUGGCCGUCGAUUUUCAGAAGGCACAUCGGCAGAUCGAGAAAUUCAACGAACUCUCAUGGAGCUCCUAAAUUGCAUGGAUGGUUUUGAUUAUCUUGGGCAAACAAAAAUUAUUAUGGCUACUAAUCGUCCUGAUACUCUUGAUCCUGCUUUACUUCGACCUGGCCGUCUUGAUCGUAAAAUUGAGAUACCUCUUCCUAAUGAACAAGGACGCCUUGAAAUUCUUAAAAUUCAUGCACAAGAUAUUCAAAAACAAGGCGAAAUAGAUUAUGAGGCAAUUGUAAAAUUAUCAGAUUCUUUUAAUGGCGCAGAUCUUCGUAAUGUUAUUACAGAAGCAGGCUUUUUUGCUAUUCGUGAUGAUAGAGACUAUAUCAUUCAAAAUGAUCUUAUGAAGGCUGUCCGAAAAGUUGCAGAAGCCAAACGUCUUGAAGAUAAAUUAGAAUAUAAGAAAAUUUGA